CCUCUCAGUUUCCUCUUGCUUUUGUAACAUCUGGUCACGUCGUGAUGUUGCUGUUCGGGUUAGAAGCCUCAACAAAAAAAUAGAGAACAUUUUAGAGGACACGGUAUUCUUAACACUCAACACUGGUAUGCAGCCUACCAGAAAUGGUCCAACAUCCAAACUGAUAAGAAGCUGCAACCUUGUUGAGCCCAACCUUGUGGGGAAGGAGAUCAUAUAUUCUAGCAAGAAGCUAGUGGACUUAGUUGUUGCACAUAAGGAAAGUAAGUCUUACAAGCUUGCUAUUGUUGGAACAGGAGGAGUUGGUAAGACAACACUAGCUCAGAAAAUAUACAAUAACCAAAAAAUUAAAGGAAGCUUCAAGGUGCAAGCAUGGAUUUGUGUUUCACAAGACUACAAUGAAGUAACUCUUCUUAAAGAGGUUCUCCGGAAUAUUGGUGUGCAUCAUGAGCAAGGUGAAACCAUAACAGAGCUCCAGAGGAAGCUUGCAGAAACAAUUGAAGGGAAGAGUUUCUUUCUGGUUCUAGAUGAUGUCUGGCAUUCCAAUGUAUGGAUGGAUCUAUUAAGGCCUGCAUUACAUGAAACAACAUCCAGAGUAAUAUUGGUAACCACACGAGAUGAUCAAAUUUCAAGGAGAAUAGGUGUAGAGCAUACCCAUCGAGUUGAUCUCAUGUCAGUCGAGGUGGGAUGGGAGCUACUUUGGAGGAGCAUGAACAUUGAUGAAGAGAAAGAAGUGCGGAAUUUUAGAAAUACGGGAAUUGAGAUUGUUCGUAAAUGUGGUUGCCUUCCUCUUGCAAUCAAGGUUACCGCUAGUGCUUUGGCAAGUAGAGAUCUAACGGAAAAUGAGUGGAAAAAGUAUUUGGGCAAGUAUGCUUGCUCCCAGAGUAUGCUCUCGGAUGAAACAGAAGAAGCUUUGUAUCUAAGCUAUAAUGAGUUACCACAUCGUCUGAAGCAGUGUUUCCUUCAUUGUGCUCUUUAUGUUGAAGAUUCUAUCAUUCGAUGUGAUGAAGUUACCUGGUUAUGGAUUGCUGAAGGCUUCAUCGAGGAGCAGCAAGGCCAAUUACUAGAAGACACAGCAGAAGAGUACUACCAUGAGCUAAUACGCCGGAAUCUCCUCCAGCCAAAUAGGUUCAUUUUUGACCAGGUUCAAUGCAAAAUGCAUGACCUCUUAAGACAGCUUGCUCGUAAUAUAUCAAGAGCAGAAUGUUUUAUUGGAGAUGUUGAAACAUUAAGGGGUGAAAAUAUGUCAAAACUGCGACGUGUUACUGCUGUCAUUAAGAAGGAUAUGUUAGUGUUACCUAGACUGGAUAAGGUGCAGGUUAAGGUGAGGACUUUCCUAACUGUUAAGGGUCCAUGGAGAAUUGAGGAUACAUUGUUCAAGAGAUUUCUGCUUCUUCGUGUUUUGGUACUGAAUUACUCACUUGUACAAAGCAUCCCAGGUUAUAUAGGAAAACUGAUACAUCUACGUCUACUUAAUUUAGAUUACACUGGCAUACAUUGUCUUCCGAAAUCCAUUGGAUCCCUAAAGCACCUUCAAGUACUGAGCUUGAGAUGGUGUGAUCAUCUGGACAGUCUUCCUUUAGCCAUUACCCUGUUGAGCAGUUUGAGAUGUCUUAAUCUUUAUGGCACAAAAAUAUGCUGGGUACCAAAAGGGAUGGGGAAACUGAAGCUCCUCACUUAUUUAGAAGAUUAUCCUGUUGGUACUGGAAUUGAUGGAUGGAAGUUGGAAGAGUUGUCUUCUUGGUCACAGAUGAGGCAUCUUGGCAUUGUUAAAUUGGAAAGAGCAGCUCAUUCUAGUAUAAAUGCAGUGUUGACGGACAAAAAACAUCUAAAAGAACUAGUCCUAAAGUGGACUAAACUUGAAGAGGAGUCAUAUUCAGAAGAAUAUGUUAGCAAUACCAAGAAGGUAUUUGAGCAGCUAAUACCUCCAUGCAACCUGAAAGAACUAUGUAUUUUACAAUUCUUCGGUCGGCGGUAUCCCACCUGGUUUGGUACCACUUGUUUGUCAUCAUUAAUACACUUGAUCCUCAAUUAUGUACGAUCAUGUGUGCAUCUUCCAGCCAUUGGGCAGCUACCCAACUUGAAGUAUCUGAAAAUAAUGGGAGCACAUGCAGUUACCAAGGUUGGACCUGAAUUAUUUGGUUGCGGGAAGGGUGAUCCCAUAUGCAGUGAGUUAGUUGCUUUCCCUAAACUUGAAUGGUUGGUCAUCAAUGAUAUGCCCAACUGGGACGAGUGGUCCUUUUUUGAUGAAGUUGUUGCUGAUGAUGAAAUGGGAGAGGAUGGAGCUGUUGAGGUUCAAAAGGAGGACGCCCAAUCUGCAAGGUUGCAACUGCUGCCUCGUUUGGUGAAGUUGCAACUCAUAGGUUGCCCGAAGCUGAGGGCUCUGCCGCCACAGCUUGGAGAGGACACUGCCAGCUUGAAGGAGAUCCUUUUAAUUAGAAUGAACAACUUGAAGGUCGUGGAGGACUUCCCACUGCUCUCUGAGCUUCUUACCAUUGAGAAUUGUGAAGGCCUGCAGAAUGUCUCCAACCUCCCUCAAGUGACAGCGCUGCGUGUAGGUGCUUGUCCAAAUUUAAGCCAUGUAGAGGGAUUGGGCAGUUUGCAGCAGCUGGGGGUGGGGCGAGGAUAUGCAAGAGAUCUCUACACGCUGGGUCCCUGGGCUUCAAGAGCUACACCAGCGACUUCAUGGCGAAGAACUGGAUGUCUACAUGUGGAGUUAGAUGGCACAAGGACUGAUGGCCCAUACGCUUCGAUGGGCAAAGCACCAAACGUACUAAGUUGAUGAAGUCUCUCAAUGUUGAAGAUGCGCAAGUUCCAUGAUGGAUGUGUAGCGAGCUGGUGAAGAAACAAAUUUCUUUGGGCAGGUGCCCUGGAAUGUAUCGAACGUUGUCUCGUUUGUGGGUAUGCUAUCACCUUUUGGAUUUAAUUCAGAAAUUUCGUUUUAUUUGUUCCUGAACUUGGGGCCUUUGCUGUACUGAACCUCCAUGGCAUGGUUUCAUUCUUUCGUUUUGGCGCGAUUUUAUUCUUCCAAUGGAAGUGAUGGAUUUCGUUUUAUUUUGUUUCUGAACUUGGGCCUGAGGCUUUGCCUGUGUAACCUGUACGGCCAAACCUGUGUGAAUGACCUGGUCAUGAAUAGCAUUUUUGUUACUGUAUAAA